AUGCUGUCACUACAGAUACAAAUGCAAGUGUAUACAUGUUUCGGGGUUAGUUGAUUCCCGUCAGCUGGAAGUAGAGAAGCUGAAACGCCAUUGUAGUUUUCUCUCCAUUUUUCUUCCGCCGAAUUGAAUCAGUAGAGUAAAAAUAAAAAAGUACAUUUCUACGAUGGAUUCGCCAGACAUCGACUUGAUCGACAGCAACGAAACCGUCCAACAUCAGUCGACUAUCGAACAGGUUGUCGCCGAAAAUGUCCAGCAGCAACUACAACCGUCUGGAAACCCAAACGAAUCGAUAAUAGCGCUAGAAAUUGUUCCCGAUAAAACAUCAAACGAGCCAGCGCUAUCCUCGAGAACUUGUUCUGUCACAGGUGACCAAACUCAACCCGGUGCCGACCGAUGAAGAAACCGUCGAUCAUGAACCAAAGGUUGAUCUAGAGAAAGACAAACUGUCUGUUUUGACCGAAGACUUGACUGUAUCGCUUCCUACCAAAGACAAGCCGGAAGACCAGAUCAGCUGUGAGCCAUCAUCAUCGUCGUCGACCACUUCGUCGUCGAUCGCAACUGCGGAAGAAGUCAAGCAAAUGUCUAGACGCCAACUCGCCACCGUCCUAAUCCUGUGCUUUGUCAAUCUUUUAAAGUACAUGGAUCGGUUCACUAUCGCAGGGAUCCUGCCGGAGAUCCAGUGCUUUUUUGGAAUCAGCGAUGCGCAAGGUGGAUUACUGUCGACGGCUUUCGUGGUGUCCUACAUGCUUUUCUCACCUCUUGUCGGAUACCUGGGCGAUAGGUUCUCUCGCAAGAUCAUCAUGGGUUGUGGAAUCAUUUUCUGGGGUCUUUCCAAUUUAGCCGGUUCGUUUACGGAAACCUACAGUCUCUUUCUGACGUCGAGGAUUUUAGUUGGCAUCGGCGAGUCCAUGUUUUCCACCGUUUCGCCGACUAUCAUUUCCGACGUGUGCGUCGGUGACACUCGGUCGAAAUUCCUCAUCCUUUAUUAUUUCGCCAUUCCGGUUGGAAGCGGUCUAGGAUUUAUUGUCGGUGCAGCGAUGGCCAGCGCUUUCGGUUCCUGGCAGUGGGGUCUCCGUGUUACGCCUUUCUUAGGCCUUAUCGCCGUCCUGUUGAUCUUCUUUAUCGUCCAAGAGCCACCGAGAGGUGAAGCCGAAGGAUCUACUUUAUCCCCGACAACUUAUUGGGACGAUCUUAAAUAUCUGGCCAAAAAUAAAAGUUACAUACUGUCAACCGCGGGCUGCACGCUCACCACCUAUGUCUCGGGAGCGCUGGCCUGGUGGGGUCCGAAAUUCAUUACAUUGGGACAAGCCUCCGGACAAGGAUUAGACGUGUCUUAUACCAGGGUGUCUUUAGUCGUCGGCUUUGAAGCAGCAUUAGCCGGAGUGGUGGGCGUUGCUUCCGGAUCUUUGGUCGGACAGAAAUUGAGAAAACGCUUUCCGAGUGCCAACGCCCAAGUUUGCGCUUGGAGUAUGGUCAUUUGCGCCCCGCUACUCUAUUGGGGCUGCUAUAUCGCGACCGGCCCUCCAGUGCCGUUGUACAUCGUCCUCUUCUUCGGCCAGUGGUUCCUCAACGUUAGCUGGGCUCCCGUUGGUGACAUCCUCUUGUAUGUCGUCAUUCCUACUAGACGUUCGACUGCCGAAGCUUUUUCUAUCCUCAUUUAGUCAUUUCCCAUGCAUUAGGUGAUGCCGGAUCUCCGUAUAUAGUCGGGCUGUCGGGCUGGUAUCAGACAGCUUUAAAAAGUCGUUGACUGCUGCGGCUGAAUCGAAAACUUAUUUAUCGAAUGAUUACUACUACGACGGAGCGAUGGUCUUGGAUCAAUCCUCUUCAAGUUACAUCGAACACAAAGAAAAACAGCCAGAAGGAAAAUGACCGACAAGAAGCAUUCAACUUUGGCUAGAGGAUUCAAACAUUUUUUAGAGUCCAUUGGGUCACAAUUCGGCCACAAGAAAAGAAAAGUCAUGGAAAUGUCGAUUGACCAACACCUGGGUGAUCUGGCUGUCUCCUUAGUCCUUAGUCUGUUAGUCCUUACUUUAAUCGCUUUAACUGUGAGACUGGACACGAGAAGGAAUGGAUGUUAAUAUUUUUAUUAUUUGCUGAUGUAUUUGCAAUUUACUUUUUGUUGUUGUGAGGAAA